AUGCGUCUCACUGGUGUAGGUGCUAUUGUUCUCCUAGCUGGCGCAGCCUCUGCCGCGGUGGGAGACUGGCAACAAUGCGGCGGAGUGAAUUGGGGCGGAGUAACGUCGUGUGCCGCGGGAUCUGCCUGUGUGGAGAUCAAUGACUACUACUCACAAUGCCAACCUGGAGCUGCCGUCACAACCUUGAUCACUUCGGCUAAGCCUUCAUCCCCCGCUACCAAGACAAGCGUCACAGUCGUACCCAGUGCCCCUGCAGCGACGGGUACACCAGCAGGAUCAGGUCCGGGCACAACGCUUCAGACAGGCUAUUACUGGAUUCGCGCGGUGGCCUCACCAAAUUUCCAUAAAUACAUGCAAACAAAGCCUCUGUAUGCAACGAGUGCAGCCCUUCUUGGCGACUACACCACUGCAGGGCAAUUCCAAGUCGUCGAUGGUCAACUCGUCCAGCUCGUGUCCGCGCCCGGAGCCCCUGUGAAGCUGCUCUAUGCUGUCGUCUCGGAGACGAGGUACAUCAACGAUAACUCGCUCUCUGUUACGUUCUCAACUACCAAGAACACCUAUGGUCAAUUUGCUUGGAACGGUGAUGGCUUGACGUGGACUGUUGCAGGUGUCACACGACCGAACGCUGCGGCUUGGUACGUGUGCACGGGUCAGCAGCUGUACAUCAAUCUGGGCAACUACUUGUAUCAGACACCGGCUGGGUGUGCGGAUCAGACGAUUCACUACUACAACGACAAGACUGCGAAUGCCUGA